GACUUUGACAGUUGACAGAUAAACAAAAACACGGAUUUUCUGAAUUUUCCCUGCAUUUUGCGUAAUUUUGCGCUUUCUGCGAAUUUGGCGAGUAUUUUAAUAUUUUUCCACUUAAAUAAAUUAAAACAAUGACGAAAACGGCCGACAAUGUGAACCCCAACGUGUACGAUACGUAUUCAGAGCGCGAAAUAACCUCGAACGAACUCGAUGAAGACGUAGUCGAUGAGAUAGAUCGAAGAGAGGUGUUUGAUUUGAUACGCAAUAUCAAUGACCCUGAGCAUCCCCUAACCCUAGAGGAGUUAAGGGUCGUGGAGGAAGGCAAUAUAUUCGUGGACAAUGAGAAGAAUGUGGUCAAUGUGUAUUUUACGCCUACUAUACCACACUGCAGCAUGGCCACUUUAAUAGGUUUGUCUAUCAGAGUCCAGCUUCUAAGAGCUCUACCAAGCCGCUUCAAGGUCACCGUAGAGGUCUCCGAGGGUACGCACAUGUCGGAGCAUGCCGUCAACAAGCAACUCGCUGAUAAGGAGCGAGUAGCGGCCGCUUUGGAGAACAACAACUUGGUGCAAAUCAUCAACCAGUGUGUUGUCAACUCAUAAUAUUUUAACUUCUAUAUGAGAGAGAGGUUAAUAUAGAGCUUUCUCUGUUACUCAAUCCCAUAUAAAUGACAAAGACAAAAAAUUCAGUAUGCAUUAACCAAUUUUAGUGGCAUACUAACUUGUUGUUUGCUUAAACGGUGAAGGAAAACAUCGUGAGGAAACCUGCAUGCCUGAGAGUUCUCCAUGUUCUCAAAGGUGUGUGAAGUCUGCCAAUCCGCAUUGGGCCAGUGUGGCAGACUAUGGCCUAAACCCUUCUCACUCUGAGAAGAGACCCGUGCUCAGUAGUGGGCCGGUAAUGGGUUGAUCAUGUCACUAACUUGUUUCCGUGGAUAGGUACGGUAAGCAUAGACUCAUUUGUGAUUGUCUUUGUCAUUUGUAUUACAGAGACAGUCAUAUAUUAACUUCUCUCCGUGGUUUUAGUUAAGUAUUUCACCUAGAAAACUUGUGCGUCGCAUACUUCCGCGCGUUGAAGAUUCGGACGAUUCGACUUCGGGGAAGUGUGCGAGGUUUCCUGAGAUUUCAUAGAAUUCUAAACGGAGGUUGGCGAAUUCGGACCCAGCAUUUUUAAAAACCGGUCAGAUUCAGAAAUCAUUUAAUUUUAAUAAUAUUUUUCAGAGUAUUUUUCUGUGUAAGCCUGAUACUUUUAGAAGAUGGGGAUCAAAAAUGUAAUUAUUCACAAGCACACAUUAUUAAUAACCGUUACACAAGUGAAUAUCUUUUUUCUCCCAACUUUAUUUGAUAGACUUUGAUGAAGUUUUUUGUUAGACUGGUUUACUAGAACAAGCAUGAGAAGUUUGAUUCGUGAACGUGGGCUUAAGGCUCACGGUUCCGUUAGUUUGGGCCUGGAACUCUAUUGAAUUCGCCAAACUCCUUUGUUUCGCUCGACUCGUUCGACGCGUUCAGCUUGGAUAAGUGUGCGUUCACCAUAACACGUUGACUAUCGGCGAAAUUAUCACGAUAAUUAUGGCGUUGUCGGGCAUUGACGUUAACCUUAAUGUGGCCCGAGCAUUAAGUUGCCUUCAAACUAGGAAAUAUAAUAUAAUAUAUAAAUAUAGCUCACCCUA